GGAGAUACAUGACACAUAUAGAUAUCGUUAUCGUUUUCUACUUUAAGUGCAUCUUGGUACAUCUGUCAAACGUGAUAUGAGUUUCCUUUCGUCCACCGUAUGACAGUUUAGUUAGAAACGUUCGUCUAUUAUUUAGUACGAGAUGGGUAUCUUCUUCGCGAAGAAAAAACAGCCGAGUCGUGUCACCGAACAGGACAAGGCUAUCCUGCAAUUGAAACAAACUAGGGACAAGAUCAAACAGUACCAAAGAAGGAUCGAGCAAAACCUUGAGAAAGAACGAUUGCUCGCAAAGAAACUAAUACAAAAUAAGCAGAAAGAGCGAGCUUUACUUCUUCUGCGGAAGAAAAAGUUCCAGGAACAAGUAUUAUCUAAGACUGAUGGCCAGCUGGAGAACCUGGAACACAUGGUACACGACUUGGAAUUUGCACAAGUGGAGUUGAAGGUUGUGGAUGGCCUAAAAGUAGGCAAUGCAGCAUUGAAGAAACUGCACGAUCUCUUGUCAAUUGAAGAAAUCGAGAAGGUCAUGGACGAGACCAAAGAAGGCAUUGACAAGCAGAAAGAAAUUGAUGAACUAUUGUCAGGAGAACUUACGACAGAGGACGAGAGCGAGGUUGAAGCAGAACUCGAUGCCCUGUUGGCAGCAGAAGUCGAAGAGAACAUACCUGAAGUACCAAAAGACGUCGUAUUACCAGAUGUACCAGAAGAGUUGCCAGAAAAGAAAAAAGAUCGUGCUAAAGAGGAAACGCGCGAGAGAGUUGCUCUAGAAGCAUAAAAUAGUGAUGAUUACUAUUAGAAUGUAACUAUUAUUCUACUGACACUUCGCGCAAGGACUGUGUAUAUAUGUACAGUGCAGUGUAUGUAAGGCUCAGCUGGAUUGAAGUUUGAAGAUUGUAAUUAAAGGUAUGGAAGUUACGAUUUUAUUAAUAAGCCAUCUCUUAAGUACCGAAGACUGUUCUAUAUUAAUACGACGUGCGCGUACAUAAAUUCGAUAACGAUGAUUUCCAGACAGUGGUUAUGGCACAUGUACAUUUUAAAUAUUACAUAUUUCAUGAAUUGUUAAUAAUAUUACUUAUAUUUGUACUGCCUCAUAUGUACAGGUAUCUUUUUAUCUUAUUAUUGGCCUCUCUUGUGUGUAGUCAUACAAAACUGUAAAAGAUUGAAACCUUUUAAUAAAUACGAUUUUAUUUAUAACGCA